AUGGAAUUUAAAGACGUCACUAAUAAAAAUUAUAAGGAUCAAGCUAUUUUCUUCCUUAAUGCUUUCUGGGCUGAAGCUGGAAAAGAUGCAGAAAAUAUUUGGAGAUUAUAUUUCCUUGUUACUGAACUUGAUGUAGAAAAUGGAGCAAAUGGAAGUAAACUUGAUGAAUUUGGAGCACAUAGAUUCUUUGAAAAAGAAGGAAUUCCAUUCUCAGUCCAAGAGAUGAGACAAAAACUUAAUGUUUCAGAUCCAAAGUUUAAGAAAAUUGCAUUCAUUGAAUUUCUUUUAUACAAAUAUAAUCAAACCAUUAAGGAGUUAAUGGCUAGACCUCAAGGAACUAAUGAGGCUCUUAUAAAAGCACAAAAAGCAAUGGAAGAUGUACAAAAUGAAAUUCAAAAGAUUGAAGAUAAAAAGAAAGAUUUAGAGAAGAAAGCUGCUCAAGGAACUGGUGUUGCUGCUAUGAGAGCUAAUAAUGAACUUCAACAACUUCUUUCUGGUGAUAAAACUGAAUUGAAUAGAGCACUUUUAACUGCUGAAGCAUCAGUUAGAAAAGCACAAAAGAGUGGAGGAGAUGGAGAAUCCCCAGCUGGUGCUCUUUGGUGGUUAGCAAGAGAACUUGAAGAAGCAAAGAAAUAUAAACCACAAAAGAAAGGAGGAGUUGCCAAGUAAGUAAUUUUUCUUACAUUAGCUAAUUGAAUUCAUUUUUAUAAAUGAAAAGUUUGAUAUUUCUUUGAAUAGAACUUCUUCUAAUAGAAUAAUAAUUUAUUCUUUAUUCUUUU